GCCAUUUUGUUUUAAAAAAAAUAAAGAAUUUGUUGUCCUAUAGACUGUACACAAGCUUAUAAUGGUCAUACCACACACCGUUCGAAAGCUGAGAACGUCAGCUUUCAUAUGAACCCAUCCUCAAAGAUCAACACUCUCCACACAGCUAACAGUGGGCUAAUCUUCUCUGUGUGUGAUGUCAUCAAAAUUGCAACCGAAAACGGGGUGUACUUACCUUUGAAAAUUUCUCAAUAUUCCCAACGAAUGUUUUAUGGUCCAAGAUUUCUUCUCUGAGUCAUCCAGUGUCCACAAUGUUGGAAUAUCCAGGCCAUUUACUUCAAAUCCUUGUGUUUUUGUGAUAAUCCCAAUGUUUCUUGGCUUCCUGCAUACGUUGUGUAAUUGUAUUUCUUCACUACAAGCGUCUUUGAAGACGAAGGAAUCCACUCCACCGCACGAAAUGCGCAAAACAGUGCCUGAAUGAUGUUCUCGAAGGUCUUAGCUUUUGAUUGACACCACCCACGAGCCAAUCGGAUCCUCCUAUGGAAAGUUACAGGCGAUUGAAGACCAAUAGGGCACUGCUAUUCAAAUCUGACCUCCCGUCUUUACCUCGCCAUUGGCGUAGGACAGUGAGAGUUUCGGGUUUCAUGAGUCACUGAAUAUUAUAGUUGAGAUUCAUAGCUUUCAAACGAGCUAUCACUCGACUGCCUUGGACUUACAGAGAACCACCCACUUGCUGUUUUCGAUGUUUGCGUAAUUGCUCGCGUAAACAGCAAGCUGUAGAGUUUUGAGAGGACGCACGGUUACGCGAGAGAACAGUAGACUUUACACAGACUUCGGAAGACAGCACGGGACAUACAGUUUGCGUACAGUCUUACAGACAGUCUACUGCAUGCAAAAUGUCUGGUAAGAAGGCAACGAGCAAGAAGAAGAAUGUUGCUGGCCCAACUAAGAUGACUGCUCAACAGGCAGCCGAAUGGAUUUUACAAUCCAGCGACGAAGAGUCCGACGCAGGGAGCAUGUCAUCGGUUGACUCUGUGGCAUUUUUGGAAGGACUCGAUCCAGCCUUGGAGAUAUCCUCUGAUGCAGACUGGCUCCCUGAACAGGAGGAGGAGGAGGGGGAGGAGGAGGAGAGCCAGGUGGAGAAAGAGGGGCAGAGAGUUGGUGAGGAGGAAGGAGACGAUCAACCAUCAGCCUCUUCGCCGGCUACCACCAGAGCAAGGAAGAGGAAAGCAGCGCAGCCAUCCAGCGCCACACCUGCCACCAAGAGAGGCAGAGGAAGAGGGAGAGGAAGAGGAAGAGGAAGAGGAAGAGGACAGGGAAGGCGACAGGAGCCAGAGGGAAAUGGUCAGCCAUGGCAGGGGAUGGACGUGGAUGACAUCAUACCACCACAACCAUCAUUCAACCCCGCUCGCGCUCCAGGGCCCCAGGUCGUGGGGGGGGUGCAAUACACCAUACUGCAACUCUUCAUGCUCUUCAUGACAAGAAACACCCUACAGACAAUAGUAAAUCACUCUAACAUAUAUGGACAAAGGAACCACCCUCAUAGAUGGCAUCAGAUGUCCCUGGAGGAUCUGCUUUCAUAUAUUGGUAUGGUGAUUUACAUGGGCCUAGUUGGGGCCAAGUCUGUAAGGGACUACUGGGCGAAGAACGAACUUUACAAUUUCCCCUUCCCCACAUCUAUGUUGUCCGGGAGAAGAUUUGCAGCUGUCUCCAGCAUGCUGCAUAUUAGCCACCCAGACAGUGAUGCAGAGAAUGACAGGAGGAGGGGAACACAGGCCUACGAUCGUCUGUGCAAGAUCCGCCCUCUCUAUGACGAGAUUAGGACCGCGUGUAAAGCUCACUACCAUCCCCAACAACACAUUGCAGUGGAUGAAAGGAUGGUGAAAUCAAAAGCCCGCUCCAUCCUCCGCCAGUAUAUGAAAGACAAGCCCACUAAGUGGGGGUAUAAACUUUUUGUGCUGGCAGAUUCAUCAAACGGAUACACAUGGGACUUUUUUGUAUAUGAGGGGAGAAACAUGGCACUUCAAAAGGGGCUCAGCUAUGAUUCAGUCAUGAAUCUCGUGGACACGCGUGUGCUUGGCCAGGGCUAUAAGCUCUAUGUGGACAACUUCUAUACUAGCCCUACCCUGUUCAAGGACCUCCUGGCCGAGAAGGUAUGGGCUUGUGGAACAAUUAGAGAACAGCGAAUAGGCUACCCGAGAAGACGUCCAGGAGCUCUCACCUCUCAGUCACCACGUGGUACCAUCCGCUGGAUAAGAGAUGAUCCCGUUCUUUUUGUCCAGUGGAAGGACACGAGGGACGUCCGCUUGUGCUCCACAAUGCACACAGCCCACAACCCACAGACCACCGUUCAGAGGAGGGUCAGAGGGACAGAUGGCCGGUGGCAGCUGAAGUCCAUCCCUGCCCCACCAGCUGUCACUGAUUAUAACAAACAUAUGGGGGGAGUGGACCUCUCUGAUGCCAUGAUCGGGUUUUACAACACCGUUCACAAGACCAGGAAGUGGCACAGGACGUUCUUCUAUCACUUUCUGGACAUUGCCAUCGUGAACGCCUUUGUACUUCAUUCCUGUAUGGCAGCAGAGAGGCAUGAGACCCCCCUUACACAGAAGGCGUUCCGGGAGGCCCUGGUGUUGGAGCUGAAGGCAGCGGGGUCACCUUCAACUGACCCUCCUCCAUCACCUGCUCCAGCUCCCCAAGGUGCACAUCACAAACUGAGGCACUACACGGAAGAUGGCACAGCAGGGAGGCGGAGGUGUGUGAACUGUUCCCUGAAGAGCACCACAGAGUGCACUUCAUGCCAGGUAGUGCUGUGCUUUACGGUGAAGAGGGACUGCUACAAUGAGUGGCAUACAAAGAACAAUUUGUAG